ACCCUGUUGUUGCCGUCUGUUCGUGUGGUGCUUGCCAAGUUGCGCUCCGGGAUUGUUCGCCAUCGCUUAAUUCUCAGGACGCAUUCGAACCUUCACGGUGCCCGUAUUUCGCCAGGUGUGUGUUUCGGAAGUCGAACCUUGGCCAAUUGGUGCUCAGGCUUGGAAGGGAAUAUCGAAGGGUGGAAUCUUUGUGCGUGUCGAAUAGUCGCGGGAAGAGCGAUCGAGGAGGAGGAGGAGGAAGAGGUUGGAGCGGAAUUGGAAGGCGUAGGGGCGUGGCUCUUAAGACGGGGAAUUCGGUGAGGGUUUGGAGUUCACGACGGCCAGAAGUGUCGUCGUGGUUUUUGGUUAGUAGCGAGAAGAGACACGACCGUGGUUGUUUCGUUGUUUUUUCGGCUGUGUUGUUGAAGGAGGGUAUAUUUUGUGGUUAGGUAUCGUGUUGAAGGGACUAGUUGUGUUUUUCCGACGCUCGUGGAGUUUUUGGAAGUGAGAAGGAGGUACUUGAGGUAUUCUUGUGUGGCGCGCCUGUCGGGACUGUCUUCGGACCGUUACUCGCGUACGGGACGGGAAGGAAGAUCGCGUUCCUAAGUCACAGACAACGAAAAUUGUGGCUUCUUAGUAACUCAGAACACCAAGGCUCCAAAACUCGAAGGAGUUGGGGUUAAUUGUGUUGCUUGUACGGACCAUCGACUUUGUCCUCUAUUCUGCCUGUUCAACCAGUUUUUGCUCCCUCGACGACGUCUCUUUGUUGCAAGUUUACGUCUGCGGAGCGGUAACUUUGUGAUUGAACAGGCACUUCAAAAAAUGGGCCCCAAAGGAUACGCAAUUAAGAGCAAUGGCAAUGCCACCAAGGAGCUUUCAUGGAUGGACCGGAUGUGCCAUAAAAUUGAGACUUACUGCGACUUAGGAGAGCCUGGGCGAGGACCGUCAAUCAUUCAGGAGAUUGAAGAACAAUUCAACACUUUUGGCGCUGGCUUACGGAAGUUCGCUAAUGAAGCCAACGAUUUCGUGCAAGUGCUUCUGAAUGUUCCCUUGACUCCCAACGAGGGAAUCGGGGAGAAAAUGGUGGAUUUGCCAAAACAACGUGAUCUGAAAGCAGUGCAGGGUGAGGAGCAGGUUGCCAAGCAGCCAGUUAAUCAACUAGGAGCUGCUCCCAUGAACUUUUUUGAUGAAGCUUGUAUGAAGAUGACCAAGAAAGGUGAGUUGAAGGAUGUUCGUGACACAAACUACAAUAACUGCAGAGCUUUGAAUGUUCUCCCUGUGGAGGACGGAGACAAGUUUCCUUUUGCUGAAGUUGCAUGGGAUUGGCCGCAGCAACCUUACAACCAGUCGGUUGAAGCUUAUAUAGAGCCACAAAGAUACCAUGAAGUGGGACAGGCCAGCUGUGGAUCACUGGAUUUAUCUGAUUCUGAAAUGGACGCGUUUGUGAAGGAGGAUGCAGUAGCGGACGUUGGUGAGGAUGUGAAGAAUUCAAAUGAGAUGGAGAGAGAAAACCAAUCCGCAAUGACCUGCUUACCAAUAGAUGAUGCAAGGAAUUCUCAGAGAGAUGCAACAUCUGAUUCAACUCUUCUUGAUGGCUGGGAGGGGGAUGAUAUUGUUAUCAACGAGGACGAGGACGAGAACGAGGAGGAGGACGACGAUUGGGAAAUUGUGUGAGAAAAUGCUUUUUAAGUCUAUACUCGAGAGGAUUCAGUGAUCUGCAAGGUUAAGUGGCUCAGUUUCCCAGCUCUUAAUCUCUUGCAAUAAAUAGAUAUCAGAGUCCGGUACCUCUUGGUUUGUUAUGUGCAUAUUCCCCACUCUCAACCUUUUCUCAACCCACACUGAACUAUGGAGAGGACGUACGUUCGUAAGAGUAGAGCAUUCGUCUGCCUGACGCAGCCUCAGCCCAGUAUCCAAAACAAAAGUAAAUAUUCAUACCCCCAGGUGAACAGGAAUAUCUGGACGCCUUGUCUAAAUAAUUGAUCAUACAUAAAAGGGAUUUGGGCUCCUCCACAGCUUUGCUCAUUUUUGACUAUGAAAUAUUCGUACGUUUUUUGACUCGUACCGAAUU